AUGAUUAUUGUUGGAGAUAUAGGAGGAUUACCUGUGUACCCAUACUACACCUUCGCCCAAACUAGAGUCGCAGAAGUCAUGGAAGACUGGGCGAUUAGAAAAAAGAACACUUUCGAGAACAUCUACAAUGGCAAGGGGUUGAAUGUGCCUUGGUACAUGACUGCAGGAAACCACGAUUAUUUGGGCAACAUCUCAGCUCAGAUUUCAUACACCAACAACAGCCAUAAAUGGCGUUUUCCCGGAUUAUACUACAAGCUGUCGUUUCCGCUUGCACACACUUGUGUUGAAAUACUGAUGAUCGAUACGAUAAUGCUCUGUGGAAAUGUUGUUAAAGUUCAAAAGGACCACCACUUUAGACAGGAAGCGGAAAGACAGUGGCGAUGGAUAGAAGAAAAUUUAAAAAUAAGCAAGGCUGACUAUCUGUUUGUUGCUGGCCAUUAUCCGAUCCACUCAAUGGCCUCGCAUGGGCCGACAAACUGUCUUCGGGAAAGACUCGAUCCUUUACUCAAGCGAUAUCAUGUAUCUGCAUAUUUCUCCGGGCAUGACCAUACCCUGCAGCAUAUCGUUUACCCGAUUAAGGAAGGUUAUGAAAUGCACUAUGUGGUCUCGGGUGCUGGGUCACGAUCAGACCAUUCCACAAAACAUCUUGGGACGAUUCCAACGCAGUUCUUGAUGUUCCAUUAUCCCAUUGGGUGGAAUCCAGUCUCGAAUUGGGGGUUCACUUACGGUGGUUUUCUUUAUAUGGAAAUCACGAAGAGGUUUGCAAUAGAUUUCGUCGGAGCCGUGAAAGAUAUUACUACGGAUGAGGGCACUGCUUAUCUAAAAAUAAUCGUCGUAGGAGAUAUUGGAGGGCUACCUGAAUUCCCAUAUUACACGUAUGCUCAGUCCAAACUUGAAAAGGUUAUGGAAAACUGGGCGAAAGAGAAGGAUAUUCAUUGUGUGGUUAGUGUUGGUGAUAACAUUUAUUAUGUUGGUGUAAAGAAUGAGCAUGAUUCAAGAUUUCAUACAACUUUCGAAAAUGUGUACCGUGGCCCAGGAUUAAAUGUAUCAUGGUAUACGAUUGCGGGGAACCACGAUCAUUUCGGCAAUAUCACAGCACAGAUUGCUUAUACUAACCAUAGUCAAAAAUGGGUGUUUCCCGAACUUUAUUAUAAAUUGUCAUUUACAAGAAAUAAUUUCUCUGUAGACGUCUUGAUGAUCGACACAAUAGUUCUUUGUGGAAAUACUGCCGACAUCAAAAACGGUGGUUUCUUCGAUAUCUUCAUCAGCAAACGAUUUCAUCCCAAGGGGCCAAGUGAAGUUACACCAGCUGAAAAGCAAUGGAGAUGGAUUGAAGAAAACCUGAAUUCUAGCAGAGCUGAUUAUUUGUUUGUUGUUGGACACUACCCGGUUUAUUCUAUGGGAUCACAUGGUCCAACAGACUGCCUUCGUGAAAGACUCAACCCUCUGCUGAGAUUCUACAAUGUGUCAGCCUAUCUCUCUGGACAUGAACAUAAUCUGCAGCACAUUGUGUAUCCAACUGAUCGAGGCCAUUUACUGCAUUACGUUGUCUCUGGAGCUGGUUCACGAGCUGACCACUCGAAAAAACAUAUCAGAACAAUUCCCAAAAACUUCCUCAAGUUCCACUACCCAAGUUCCUGGAAUCCAGUGUCGCAACUUGGAUUCACUUACGGUGGUUUCGUGUUUAUGGAGAUUACUAAGGCGAAUGCAACUUUGGAGUUCGUCACCGGGAAUAAUGUGGAGAAAUACAAAGCAACUAUCGAGCCUAGACUGAUUGCAGUUUGA